UGAAAAACCAAACUAAUUCAAUGAAUACAGUUAAUACGAAUUAGUUGAAUUAGAUUAGAAAUAGUUAUACUUUAAUUUGACGGAAUAUAUGUAAUGCAGUAUACCCACAAAAUGAGUAACUAGACUCAUCCAAAUUUUUUAUGCAAAGUCAAAAAUUAAAUUAAAAAUAAUAUAUAUUUUUUAUACUAAUAUUUUUAUACAUAUAAAUUAUAGAACGACUCAUCAUGUUACUAAAUAAAUAUGAAAUUCUCAAAUAAUAUUAUAAAUAUAUUAACCAACUAUCAAAAUUAAGUAUUUUGUAUAACUAUAUAUAUACAUAAGGUCUUAAAGGACUACCAUUGUUAUAUUUAUUAAUGUAACUUUGAAUCAUCAACAGUCUAGAUUAGUUUUACUAUUUGAUUCUCAAAACAACAUAUAUUAAAUUGUACAUAAUUUUACUAAAAUAUUUUUUACAAAUAUAAGACAAUAAUCAAACUACAUGAAAAUAACAAAAUUAAUCAAAAUAUUAAUCUUUGCAACAAAAAUAUUAUAGUUCAAUCGGAAAAAUAAAUGUUAUCUAAUAUAUCAAAUAGUAACCAAACAUUCGAGAUACUAUAUAUCCAAAAUUAUACGUCUAAUUAAAAUAACAUAUUGUUAUUUGAAAUAAACCAUGAAUAUUGAUUACUAACAUAAGUGGCAGAAUAAUUAUAAAUAAAAAAUAAAAUAUUAAUAAAUUAUUAUAAUGUAUUUACUUUAUAAUAUUUAUGUCUGUCCAUGAGCACGGGAAAAAUAAGGAGAGCGUAUAUAUACAUUAAUAAGAAAAACAAGUGGAAAUAAAUUUUGUAACUAGAGUAACGAUUUUGAUCAAAAAAUAAAAAUAAAAAAAGCUAGAGGAACGAUUUCGUUAAGAGAAGCAGCGAAAAAAUUAGGGCUUUGGCCGAGGAUGAAGCGAGGAGUAGAGAAGACCGAAGCAACUGAGAGAAAAAGAAUAAGGAGACAAUCUUCAACACCGUCCUUACCUCUCGAUCUAACCUCGGAGAUAUUCUUACACCUGCCGGCAAAAUAUGUCGUGAGGUUUCGUUGUGUUUCGAAGCUUUGGUCGACAAUUACUACCCAGCCAUAUUUCAAAAACACGUUCGAAGCUAGGUCGAACCUUCUACUCUUUUUCAAAGACGGUGAUAAGCUCUUUGUUUUCUCGCUUUCUCAACAAAACCCUAAUCCGAAUGAGUCAUAUUUGCAUUACUCUUCUCGGCCUAUUGAUAGUUACCAUAUGACAUACCCAAAAAGCUGUUCCUUCACCUGUAAAACAGAAUCAGUCCAAGGCUUGAUCUGCUUCCGAAAAGCAGCAAAACUCACAGUAUGGAACCCUACCAUGAGAACGUUCUUAAAUUUACCUACAGCGGACAAGAGCUGGAGGGUUAUAGCAUUCUUUUUAGGGUACGAUCCAGUUGAGUGUAAGCACAAAGUAAUGUGCAUGCCUUCUGAUGAAGCAUCCGAUGAAGCAUCCGAUGAAGCAUCCGAUGAAUGUCGGGUUUUGAUUUUGGGAUCAGCCAAACAAUCAUGGAGAAAAAUCAAAACCAACUAUAAACAUCGUCCUUUCAGUGGCUAUCGCAUGGGUGUCCAUGGACAAUGCAUCAACGGUGUUUUAUAUUAUCAAGCCAUACUUGGUUCUGACCGGGCCAUAAUGAGCUUCAAUGUAAGAUCUGAAAAGUUGAGCGUGAUAGCACUUCCAUUGGAAGGAUUUUGGAAGAUGAAGUUGAUACGUUAUGGAAGAAAGUUAGCUUGUUUUGGUUCCAAUGGGAAUAGUAUGUGGGUUUUGGAGGAUGCAGAGAAACUUGAAUGGUCGAAUCAUAUAUUUUUACAUCUUUCUCACUAUGAGCAGGGUUUGCAAAACUUCAAACUAGUGGGUAUCACUGAUGAUGGUGAGUUAAUCUACGUGCAAAGCACGGUAUUCAAAUCUUUUCCUAUUAUAUAUAUUCAUCCAACGAGAAAGACCUUUAGGAGAGUCGAAUAUAGAGGCAUCGCGGAAGAAGAUAUUAGACAACGCAAUGGAUUUGGUGAAAGGAGUCUUCGAGGGCUCCAAGUUUAACCCCAAUCAUAUUGAAACUCUAUUGUCUUUGUGAUUGUUUCUACUAGAAGCCGAGCCCCGCGCAAGCGCGGAGUUAUAAGCACGGAGUUAUUUGUGUAUGUUGUUGUUGUUCAGUUUUACUUAGUGUUAGCGUUGUUAGUUAUGUUGUUCUUACACUUGUGUUGGUGCGUGUAAUUAUUUGGCAAAGCAGAGGAUAGGAGGUGGUGGAAUUAGUAGGGCGGCAGUUGUUUGUUGUUGAUUACGUGUAGGACGCUUUGUGAACGAAGACCAGUUGAUACAUAUAUAUUUUUGGUAUUUAGUUGUCUGCAUCCCAAUUCCCACCGAGGAACAUAUGAUGGUGUGCUUGUGUCACUUUUUCUGGGGUUUUUGUUUUGUUUUGGUGGCUAUUAGAUUUUAGUUGGUUUCUUUGUUGCAUUGUUUAACGUCGAUGCCAUGUAACUAUCUGAACAUGUUCUCAUGCAUGAAGCAAAAGACAUUCUUAUUUUCACGAAAUGCAUAGACCCAUCAACGUUCCCCUUUAUUUAAAAACCAAGUAACUCUUCUCCUGGUGGGAGAUAGUUUGCAGAUAAUUAAAGACAACCAAAGUUGAAAGUAGGAAAAAACAUACGAAAAUAGUUAUUUCAUUGACACAUAAGCUAAGUGGGGAUGACGGUUUGAUGGACUUGAAACAAUCACUCACGUGCCUCUUUUCUUCGUUUUCAAAGCUUGGCAUUGCUUCAUCAACUUCUCCGGCUCUCCUGGGCACAUGAACCGUGUAGCUAACAGUUUCUGCUGGUAGUAUAGAUUGGGAAUCCACGUUUGGAGUUUUGUUGCUACUGGCAGUCUGAAACACAGUUGUACGUGUGUGUUAUAUUAGAUGAUGUUAUUCUGUUAAAUAUAUGCAUGAAAGUACUAUAUUCAGCAGAAAUUGUUUAGCAUCAACAUGUUUCUUGAGAAAAAAUAGAUGACCAUCCCUAAAUAUUUUUUGGACUGGCCGUGUUGAACACCAUGACAAACUGAGUUAUAUCAUCUGAGUUCAUAAGACCCCUAAAGGGGCCGCAUCAUCGUCAGUCAUACAGUGCUUGUAGAUAUGAGAGGUUGGACUCCUGGAUCUAGCAUGACCUAUAUAUAGCGAAGCCGUUCGUAUCAGUUAUGAGACGCUAGCGUUUUUGAUGGUGUGCAUAAAGAGGGGGAGAUGAAGAGAUAGAUGGAGACUAAGAGUUCUAUGGAUUUGAUUGGAGAAGUUUAGACAGUAGCGUCUGUGUAUUGGAGGGGAGGCGCAGGAUUGAGAAAACCAUAGGUCUCAGUCGAAAACGAAGAGCUGAUGACUUGUAGGCUUUUUAGGGUUAGUUUUAUGGUUUAUUAAGAUAGGCUUAGGCUUUAAUCAAAUGUAUAAGCUGAUGUAAUAGAUGGGCUAGCGAGUUUAAAAAAUAAGCCCACAAAUCAAUCAGCAAAUAAUAGAGAACGUGAUUUGUAAAUCAUUUUAUUUAUUUGUGGGACAUUAUUAAACCGACCUUUAUAAAUAUAUAUAUUAGUUUCGGCAAUCAAUGUACAAAGUAUCCUUUAGUUUAGUGGUAUAAAUGUUGGUGUUUAUAUGUCAAUAACUCGGGUUCGAGCCAUGGGUUUGACGUUUUAUUUUUUCACUUUUUUUAAAUGUGGGACCCACAAAAUGCUGACGUGGCGCGCUGAGGAGCUUUGAAACUGGCUCAUUAUAAUGUUUUUUAAAUGUGGGACCCACAAAAUGCUGACGUGGCGCGCUGAGGAGCUUUGAAACUGGCUCAUUAUAAUGUUGAUUUGUUUUCUUCUUUGGUUUUUAAUGAUUACAUUUAGUUUAUGACAUUUUUGUAACAAACAUGGCUUAUUUGACUAUAUCCCGUCGUUUUAUUAAAAAAGUUUUUUUUAUGUGAUCUAAAAAAGAGUAAAAGAUUAACUAAAUAUAAAUGCAUAAGAGAACAUUAAGAAUGUGUAUAUACAUUUUUGAAUUCUAAGAGGUCAAUCUGAUCAAGAAGCUUGCAAUUAAAAAUUAAAAAGCUUACCAUAAAGAAAGAUCAUGGAUCAACUAAUUACGAGAAGGAUAUAUCAUAAAGAUGCUUACUUAUAAUUGUAAGAAAUAUAUAUGUAUAUGAAUGAAUAUUUCUUUCCCAUGAUGUGGUCUUAUGUUAAUCUACUUCUUAUUGAAAUUAUUAACCUUAAUAAUACUUGGUAACCAAUAAAAUUGGUAAUUAAGGAAGUUUAGUUUCUAAUGAAGACUAACUAAUGGACAAGUAAUUUUUUUCAAGAAAUUGUUCGCUCAGGUGACUCAUGAAAACAUGUGUCAUUAUAAAAGAAAAUAUUUGAAAUAAGUUCAAUGCAUCAAAAGAGAAAAGGAAAAUGUAUGAAUGAAUGAUUCUAGAAGUCUAGACACUUUUCACUUACUCAACUUUGGUGGAUGAUUGAGAUUACAGAAUAAACUUGCCAAGAAAGAAAGAUUUGGUGAGUAACUAAUCAAAACUUGAUGAGAAACUAAGUAUGGAGAAUUGAUAUAUGGUGUUUUUGACAUCAAAGAAAAUAUGUUUUCAAAGGUUUUUAAGUCUUUUAUCUCUGUCUAGUCCUUUACGAGACAUUUCAGGUCUGGAGUAGGUUGAAUAGUAAAAGGAGGGUGCAUAAAGAAAGAUGUCAUAAUUGAAGUAUUUUCCGCAGAACAGUCAAGCGGAGCAGUGAAACAGUUGAUCCCACAUGGAGCAACCGAGUGAUUGUUCCCGACUUUUAUGGAAACCUUCAAGAUAUUUCGUGAUUUGCCCUAACUACCCUAUAUUUCCCUCUAACCUAGCGGCACCUCCAUAUAAAGACGCCAUGCCAUCUAUCUCCCAAUUUUUUUAUGCUAGUUUUUGCAAGACAAAUUUACUUUUGGAAUUGCUUUGUAAGGGAGAUGGCUCCAUCUUUCUCACCAUUGAGAAGAUUAUCCUGAACCCUACUCUAUUUCUAUUCAGUCAUAUCAUGUAUUAUUCAGAAUUAGCUUAUGUGUUUGCUUGUGCUAUGACCGAGUAGUGGAUAGUUGAUCUAGGGUGCUAGAGUGUAGAUCGUAACUAAACAUAGAUAGGUUAAUGUUCCUCUUGUCUUCAUUCAUAUAGCGCUUAAUUCUUUUGCUAAUCUGAUCACUUAGCAUAUAAUUAUAGGUUUAAUUUGUGCAUCAAAAGUGACAUUGCUAGAACCUGCAUGAAUGAGCAUUACAUCCCUAGCCAUGCGAAAUGCUAGGGUGCAUUGUGAACAUAUCGGACUUGUACAUUAAAGUUCCCCAUCAGAUCUCAGACCAAGAUACAUCUUAGGCGCUGAGUCUGGUCGGUGAAAGGAUCAGCUACACGGCAGUGUGUUGGUCUAACCGCGAGUUCAGAGUUCUAGACUCGUCCCUAUAUGAACUUGAAUAAUUGUUUGGCUUUGAUUGGUGUCAGUCGUUUAAUUCACCCUAGGUCGACUUCUUUUCAAAUCAAUUCAACAUCCAUAAUUGAUUUGUGUUCGGGUCGAAAACGGUUACGACGAAGUUAAUGUCCAAAUCUCCGCAAAAAUCAGCAUGAGCAUUUUCUACGAAAGUGAUUCUUCGUAAAAAAUAUCUUUACAAAGAGUCUUGCGUAAAAUCUUUUUCUAAUCUCGAUCGAACCAAAUAUCGAUUGUCCCAAGGCAACAGACACGUAUCCAAACCGGCCACGGACAAGCUCGAGUAUGGCAAUCGGACCACGCACAAGCCAAGCUCGGUCGCUACGUAGCGACCGAGCACGCAUACG